UGCGGGUCCUGGGAGCCCGGGGUCUGCCAGGUGCCGGGUGUCUGCGACGAGGGUCGGGUUGGGUCGGGUCGGGUUGGGUUGCGCCGGGCGGAGGCGUUUCCGAGCAGGCCCGCCAGCCAGCUGAGGUGACAUCACCGACCCCCUCCUCCCCCGCGCGAACCCCCUUCCUUCCUCUCCCCGCCGCGCCUUUUGUCCGGGCCAGGCUCGGCUCUGCCCCGCCCCUCCCCGCCCAUCUGCGGGGGAGGAGACUCCCCGUCAGUGACUUCAUUGAGUAGGUUCUCGGGGAUUGGGCUUGGGUCCUCCCCAGAGAGGCGACAGGAGCUCACUGCCUCUCAGGCCCUCGCCGUCACACCUGUCACAGGUACACACGCUGCCACUCAGCAAGCACACGCUGUCCCUUCCGGCCUCACUGUCACCCAGCCAUACCGCCACUCACAUUCAGCCAGACACUGCUGUCCCUGCGGGGCAGGUGGCCGGCCGCUGGACCCUCUCCCUCCGCUCCGCACCUGGGGAUCAGGUCCGGCUCCUGCGGCACGACACAGGCCUUGCUGGGCAAGGGCCUCUGAGAAUCUGAGGAGGUGGCUUCCAGAGCUACAGCGUCCCAGGCAGGCUCCGGUGGAGCGAUCAGAGAAACAAGGAGCCUAGCACCGGUCCAGUGGCUGUGAUGGGAAAAGAUUAUUACAAGAUUCUCGGGAUCCCGUCAGGGGCCAAUGAGGAUGAGAUCAAAAAAGCCUAUCGGAAGAUGGCCUUGAAAUACCACCCAGACAAGAACAAGGAACCCAACGCUGAGGAGAAGUUUAAGGAGAUUGCUGAGGCCUAUGACGUGCUGAGUGACCCUAAGAAACGGAGCCUGUAUGACCAGUAUGGGGAGGAAGGCCUCAAGACCGGCGGUGGUACUUCAGGUGGCUCCAGUGGCUCCUUUCACUACACCUUUCAUGGGGACCCUCAUGCCACCUUUGCUUCCUUCUUUGGUGGCUCCAACCCCUUCGAUAUCUUCUUUGCCAGCAGCCGCUCCACUCGGCCCUUCAGUGGCUUUGACCCAGAUGACAUGGAUGUGGAUGAAGAUGAGGACCCAUUUGGUGCCUUUGGCCGCUUUGGCUUCAAUGGGUUGAGUAGGGGUCCAAGGCGAGCCCCAGAACCACUGUACCCCCGGCGCAAGGUGCAGGACCCCCCUGUGGUGCAUGAGCUUCGGGUAUCCCUGGAGGAGAUCUACCAUGGCUCCACUAAGCGCAUGAAGAUUACAAGACGGCGUCUCAACCCUGAUGGGCGAACUGUGCGCACCGAGGACAAAAUCCUGCACAUCGUCAUCAAGCGCGGCUGGAAGGAAGGGACCAAGAUCACCUUCCCCAAAGAGGGCGAUGCCACACCUGACAACAUCCCAGCCGACAUUGUCUUCGUGCUCAAAGAUAAGCCUCAUGCACACUUCCGCCGAGAUGGCACCAAUGUGCUCUACAGUGCGCUCAUCAGCCUCAAGGAGGCGCUGUGUGGCUGCACCGUGAACAUUCCCACCAUUGAUGGCCGAGUGAUCCCUCUGCCCUGCAACGAUGUUAUCAAGCCAGGCACCGUGAAGAGACUCCGCGGGGAGGGCCUCCCCUUCCCCAAGGUGCCCACUCAGCGGGGAGACCUCAUUGUUGAGUUCAAAGUUCGGUUCCCUGACAGAUUACCACCGCAGACACGGCAGAUCCUUAAGCAGCACCUCCCCUGCUCCUAGGCUCCGCCCUGGCCAGUCUGGAGCCCGCCACAGCAAUACCCCACACUCACCCCAUCUCAUGUGGACCCAGUUGGAUGCCCACCGGACACUGGCACCUUUCUAAAAUGCAAAAAAAAAAAAAAAAAAAAAAAAAGCCACUGAUUUUCAGGAAACUGUUCCUGUCCCCAACCCCUUUCAGAGCUGGGCUGCUUUGGGGGAAUGGGAGGGAGGUGGGAGAGCUAGCCCAGGCCAGGGGUCAACUUUCUGUCACUAGCUUUGAAUCCAGUUCCCACUCCAGUGGCUGGAGAGUGACUUGAGUGCUACUUGAAGAUAGAGAGUCCUUGUCCAUGCCUGUAAAUAGCAUGUCCUCCUCCCUCUCAGCCUUGUACACCUUUCCUCUCCCUUCCCUUUGGCUUCCUCCUGUUUCUGGAGAAAGAGGACAGAAAGGACACCCCUCCCUCAGGUCUGUAGUGUCCAAGGCUAUCCCACAAGUAUUCAUGCACAUGGAGCACUCGCCUAAAGUGGUCUGUGUCUCUCUGGGAGACGAGAGGAGCGGACAUAGGAAGGGAAGGUCCGUUACCUGUGAAUAAGGCCAUCCAUUGAGCACGAGACACUUCAUUUGGGGACAGGGAGGUGAACCAACACUCAGGAGCCUCCCCAACAGCUGCUCUGCCUAUGCCCCACAGAGUUGGAGGGUCUGUCCCCCCAGCUGCUCUAAGGAGUGUUUACGGGUGGGGAAAAGAGAGGCUGAGGCAUUACAGCUAAGAGGUGGGGCAGGACCCACCUCCCGGCCAUCAUCAGGAAGGAAAGGGCUUAGGGGUCAGGUGGCAGCUACUCCCCACCAAGAGAUUCAGGAUCACAGGUUCUCCCCACAUCUCUGAACUCAGGGCCAGGCCACCCCAAACUUCCAAACCCCACUUUUGUGAUAUGUGAAGCUACUUAUUUCUUACCUUUCUUGGAGGCUGUGUCAGAGAUUUCCAGCCCCUCUCUGCCUGUGUGACCCCCACCCCACUCCCACAGUUGUAUAAAAGUCAAACCGUGAAGAGCUGGGAGGAGACUGCUUCAGCUGCUCCUGGGGUGGGGUCUUUAGGUUUUCUCACUUUGACAAGCCCCUGAAUGUUUUUAUAGUAGUUUUUUGUAUUUUUUUGUAAUGACAGUAUUAUGAAAAAAAUAAAGUAUUUUAAAAAUAUGGCCUCUGAGCAGGAGCAGGGCCCCUGGGGUGCAGGCAGGAAUGCAGUGGCACUGUCGGCCUCCUUCCAGAGCCCUGAUCACACCCAAAAAAGCCAAGCGACCUCAUAUAAGCCGAAGCUGACCCUUCUUCCUGUAAGCUGACUUUUUGGAAUUCCAGAACAUACACCCUAGACAACAAAGCUAGAAGCCACAAGCCUGCUGUCUAGAAGAAGACACCCUUGGCUGUGAGAAACAGAGCCUGUCCUCUUCAGAAGCGCUAUCAACAUGAGCACGAACAGACUUGUCUAAACGUUCUCUUUGAAUUAGAGACAUUUUAUUCCUUGGAGGGAAUGGAGGACUUUCUGACUGAUGAGAACAGGCACACUCCCAAAGACAGUUUGGCCACCAAGUGGGCUGGAGAGAUGGCUCAGCAGCUAAGAGCAAGCACUUCCUGUUCUUACAGAGGAGCCAAAUUCAGUUCUCAGGACAAAUACUGGGCAGCUCACAGCUGCUCAGGGGAACCUGACAGUCCUGGCCUCUGCAGGAACCUGCACUCAUGUGCACACAUGCACACACACUUAUUUAAAAAUAAUAAAAUUAAUUUUUUCUUAA